UUUUUUGGAUACUUGUUAGCCUAACAGUUUUUCAAGAGUUCAUAUUCUUUUUGUCUAUAUAACGUGUGACGUUUGGAGACGUAUUUGUUUUACAUGAAGCAGUGAUCUUGUCGUGUGCAAGUAAUUUUCUUUGCUAAGGGUAAUUGGCAAUACUACUGAACAAAAUGAACUAUACAGCUGUGACACAGCCCGGCGUUGCAUCAAUGACGAAAAGAAAAAAAAGGAGGAAAAAUUAAAAUUGCUGGAGGCUUUAAUUGAGACCAUCUAAAAAAGCAGCUGGCCGUGUCUUGUGUCGAAUAUAGUGGCAGAGUACGAGGUGGAAAGAAUCCUCCUUACCUCACUGAAUGAUGUUAAAUUCUUUAGCAUUCGAUAAAUCCCCCAGAACGCGUUUGUUAAAAAAUGGAAACAAUCUCAUGAAAGCAUUACGCUGUAACUUAUGAGGUAAGUUUAUUUUCAUUAAUUAGUGAAUUUAUUUUUAAUGCAAAUUUUUCAAGCAUUCAUGCUCGAGAACUCUCAAUCAUCUUUUUAUUUUUUAAUAAUUAUUUCGCAACACUGCCAUCAUCUAAUAAACUUACACGCAACCAUUUUGAGUACCUGAAUACAAUAGUAUCAAAAAAAGAACGAGGGGCUAUGUCAGCUGGAGAGCAUGCGCUCUGAGGUUAUGCAAAUUACUUUCAACUGUCAAAAUUCUAUUGUUUUAACGCGUGACUUUCUCCAUGUGCGCUCUGAGGUUAUGCAAAUUACUUUCAACUGUCAAAAUUCUAUUGUUUUUAACGCGUGACUUUCUCCUUGUUCUCUGUCACGUCCAAGGCUCCGAAUUUAGAGAGGUUAACAAGCGAAAUGGGUUUAGACAAGGGAUAUUUUCGAUAGAAUUUACGGAACGUUUCUUCUCUGGUUAUGCUAGAUCAAGAAUAAAAUUGUGACGACAAUUUUACGUAAAAACGCAUGCCAUUCAUAAAAUAGUGCGCAAACAAAAAUUCAACAACAACAUAUUGUCUUAUUCAACAAAAUAAAUCGAAGUUGUAUUUUACAAACGAGCUACAAAAGACGCUACACCGAAGAUAAAGACCAAGACUGUUUCAAAUCAUUAACAAUUAGACUUAUCUGUCGCUAGUGAUUUUAUAAUUUAGAUGCUGAUAGAACAAGAGACAUCAAGUCUUUGUUUUGAUCUUAGGGAAACAUACAUUAUCGCGCAAAAUUGUUCGAUCGUGCCGAAUCACUGCGACGUCGAGAAAAACAGAACCAAGCAUCAUUGGUAUACUACUCCACUAUAAGCAGUCCGUUGAUAAAAAGGAAAAGUAAAUUCUGCUAUUUUCCAAAAAUAUGCUCGAACACAAACAGUUCAAAAACAUGGCAUUUACAGGAUCUAACUCGUACUAAGGUGCCUCUCUAAGUCCGUUGAGAACAAUCUGGACGAGCAAACGGUCGUGUUUAUCUUUGCCGUGAAUCCAUAUAAAUACAAGAAGGAAUCUAGCCGAAUUUUAUAAUGUUUCCUUCGCCAAGAGUUUCGUUUGGUCACGAAACUCAUGACCUGAUGCUCUUGUAAUCGUUUACCAAAAACGGCCGCCGCCAACUCGAUAGCCGCUUCAUUAUAUGUCCACAUAUUUUGAGCACAAGAAAAAUCCAAGAGCCAGCAACCUCUAAAAUAACUCAAUAGAAAGGUUCUGUGAACUAUAGGGAAGAUUCCAUCCAAGAUUCCAUCACUCAUCGUGGAGUAGCCGUCAUUAACUCUGCCAUUACAACGGCCGCUGAUAAGAGGACACAGUAAAUCCACGUAAAAACAUUCCACAGGCAAACAAUUUCAAAAUAACGCCAAAAAAUUAUUUUGUAAUCACCACAGAACGAUUCUUAAUACAAAACUUCGCUAACUAUCGAGCGAUGGCUGAGAUUUAGACAGAUAAAAACAGCCUUCCAAAAUCUCCGACAGAACUUGAAAAAGACGGGCCAACUUUUUCAAGUUUCAUUGGCUCGCGCAUGCGUGUGGGGUGACGUGACUAGAAUGGAUACUCCAAAAUCAGGUAUCCGCUCGGAGACUGGAACUGAAUAAAAUUAUUUUUCGGCAAAUCGCUCCGACUCUUUGCGACCUUGUUGUGUUGAAAGACCAAGUAUACAAAGACUGAAAAGGCGAAGAUGAGAAUGGUUACUCCAAAAUAUGGAUCAAAGCCUACAUAGAGGUUAGUUGUUUUUCACGUUCUUUUUGUAAGAAUUUAGUGUAAGGAGUAAACAAUGUCUGUUUAAUUACAGUACCACUACCGCGACUGCCGUGUAAAGCUUAUUCAUAGCAAAGUAUCUGUUUGGAUAGCUCAGAAUAAGGUGGAUACUUCAGAAUAAGAAUGGCCAAAAUAUGGAAGUUUUGGCCAUCUGGAUUAUUAUUACUGAACUUCCCAAUACAAACAAGAUUGUUACGUUUACAAAGAGGGUACAAAUACAGUUAAGGUCAGUUAACCAUCUUGUAAUUUUAUGGGUUAGUUGAUUCCAAGUGUUAACAAUAGUAAAAAACACAUAAGGGACCUGUCAUUUAUUAGAGGCGGGGAAGGGCUGGUGCAAUUGGGGGAAGGGUCAUUAAAUUUUAUGUAGCCAAAAAGGGGAGGGUCACCAAAAAUUUAAGCUGGGCUUUGGGGAGGGCCAUACCAUUUUUAGCAAACAUUGCUGUUCACUUAAAAUAAAAAUAAAUCAACAAAUAAAAUAAAUUAUUUAACAAACAAGUCCUUUGCACAGUAAGCAUUUUAAACUUUCAUAAUGAUCAACCUGAACUACCCAACAACCCUACAUGUACGUCUUUUUCUUGAUUUGUUUUUCAACAGCAACACACUGCGAAACAUGUCUUUGCAUUGAUCAAGUUUCUCAUUAAGAUAUUUCAAUUCACUGUUUACUCUUUUUUUAGCUUCAUCAAGCCUUGUAAUAACAGCUUCAUCAAACGAUUUAGAAUACUCUCCUCCUCGUAUAAAAUUACCAGUCUUUGAGUGAAACAGGGUGUUAAGGUGGGCUUUAAUGCGUCUAUCCAUAUCUGAUAUGUUCUCUAGUAACUCACUGAGCUUCAUAAUGUUCGCCCUCAGUAUUAACUAAUCAGCUGGGACACUCAUUCAGACCUUAAGGUACGGAGGAGCUCAAUCUAGAAAAGAAUUUUCUUGGCACUGUUGUCCUCAAUUUGAUCUAGAAAUAUGGAGGGCCGGGGACCUCCCUAGAUCUACUGCUGGCCUCUGCCAGCCCACCCAUGUUCACCUGCUAUCUUUUUACAUUUACUAAAAACUCUAGUAUCAAUUCAAAUUAUUUAUCCUAAAUAUUAGGAUUUUUGCAAUUAUUUACAGUUGCUUUUUUGUACUUGUAUUUUGUUUUGUUUUUUUUUUUCAAAUCCUAGGAGCCUCAUUGUCACCAAAACUCUCUGCCUUCCAUACCCUAUUCCACACUGAACUUUCUGACAACAGUCCUCAGCCAAGUGGUACCAUCAUGGUGUUGAAAAGUGUGGAAAUAGAUCCUGUUGAUCCUGGGAUGAAUUAUUUUUCUUUUUCAUCCCCCUUCCUCCACUCAAGGGGGGAGGGGGGGAAGGUGUUUUCCUUCCCCUCCCUUCACCUAUUACACAUUUCCUUGUUUGCGAGACAAGACCUUCAGCAUUAAGCUGGUUAUGGGCUAUUUUUUGUUUUUCACUCAGUAUGGUGAGCUUAUCAUAAAUUUAAAAUGGAAUAAAAAUGAUCAUGCAGGUAUAUCCAUGUUGCAGCUGUAACAGGAGGAGGAGUUGGAGAUCCAGGGGGUGUUGCUGUCAAAUGCUUGUGAGGAACAGAGAAACCAGCGGGAGAAAGAAAUGAAGAAAUGAAAAAAAUUGGAGAAGGCUUCAAGAGAAAUAGCAAAUAAAAUGAAAAAAAAAAAAGAAAAAAAGAAAACAGGAAAAAAAAAAUUUCAUUGAGGCCAAGCAGAUGGCUGCUCAGUUGCAUGUCUGGGUAGCUUGACCCUUUGGUUAAUAAAAUUCUCAAAACCACAAACAAACCACUCUAAGAAUUUGAUAAAAUGUGUAAAAAAAAUUGUUUAUUACUUUUAUAAAAAUAAAGUUGUUUGUUUACAAUUCUACAACCAUUUUUUCAUUUCUUCCUUUUCCCAUAAUUCUUUCCUCUGUUUUACUUUCCUCUUACUCUUUCUCCACUUCCACAAUGUGCUUUUAUGUACCCUCUAUACCUGGGGUGGAAAGUCACCUGAAAAUUUGAAAUUAGCCAUGCAUUAAAUAAAGCUUCCGUUAUAAUCAUUCUUUCGGGAAAUAAAGCUGCUACUUUGGCGGUAAUUCUAAAAAGCACUGCAUUCCACGAUACAGUGCCUUGAUUCAGCAAAGAAGCCUUGACCCUUUUAUUUUAAAAGUUAAAGAUUUUCUUUUGGUAGCAGAGAAAGGCCCCCAGUUCAGUGCAUUACAAAUAAUUAUCACCUACAAAGUUAUCUAUCAUCUAAAUUAAAAAGGAACAACCAAAUCAUUUCCUUGUGGUACCUGUUUUAUAUCAAAAUGAAUAACUAAAAUACUGAUAAAUAAAUAAUAAUUAUUGAAGUAGCUGGUAUAUCCAGGCCGUUUUAGCUUAACAAAACAAAAACACAAGGUAAGUCAUUCUCAUUUCUAUUUUUGUCAAAAAAUGGAAUUUAGGACGUGUUUUGUUUAUUGUCAUACAUUCUCUUAUAAAUUCAAAGUCCAACAAACUUCUUCAGAGUUUGGGCUACCUGUGGAUGGGGCAACAUUUCAUGACAGGAUGGACAAUAAAGGGGCUGCAUUUUCAACACCUUCAAUGUGACUGGAAGUUACAAAGGUUCACACAGCAGAUUCAGGAAUACAAAAUGACUAACUUGGAAUCACAUAGUUUACAUUUGCCAAAAGUAGCUAACAUUGGGCCUUUUGGUCAUAGAAAAGACUGUAAAAGGAUUUGGGUUGUGGUUGGCUAAUUGUGCCAGAUACCCAGCGCACCAAAAGGUUGACCCGAGUAUCCCACAAGUUGUGAGGGUCACUUUGGUUUUUAUAAUCUCAUAAAGUACCCAUUCUUCUCACACUAAACAAAACAGCAACUUACCACUUAAAAGUGAAAAAAAUCAACCAUAAUAUAUAAGAAAACAGAAAUAGUUUAUGUUGAGCCAUAAAUUGAACAACAGGGUGUUUCAUGCAUGAUCGAUUUCGUCUUAGUGCAAAUGUUUGCAGAUAUUUAGUACGUCAUCACCCAAAGCAUUUACUGGAAUAAAUAUAAAUGUUAUGGUUCUUGGCACCCUUGUCUAAAUAAGAUAAGUACAAGUUGACAGGUGUGCUUGAUAACCUUGUCCCCAUCUGAGGGAGUUGUCCUAUCUGGGUACUAAAGUUGAGGGUGUCAUCCUAAACAGGGUAUGGGUUUCAAACCCUCAGCGGCUCGCCUACACCCAAAUAUUGGUCGAGUACCCCUCCCCCCCCCCCCCCCCCCCCCCCUACACUGGGCUGCUAUCCUAUAAGCAAGCUUCGAAUUAACUGAGCCUUAAUUACACAAUGGUUGACUGUAUUUGUACCCUCUUUGUAAACGUAGCAAUCAUGUUUGUAUUGGGAAGUUCAGUAAUAAUAAUCCAGAUGGCCAAAACUUCCAUAUUUUGGCCAUUCUUAUUCUGAAGUAUCCACCUUAUUCUGAGCUAUCCAAACAGAUACUUUGCUAUGAAUAAGCUUUACACGGCGGUCGCGGUAGUGGUACUGUAAUUAAACCGACAUUGUUUGCUCCUUGCACUAAAUUCUUACAAAAAGAACGUGAAAAACAACAAACCUCUAUGUAGGCUUUGAUCCAUAUUUUGGAGUAACCAUUCUCAUCUUAGCCUUUUCAGUCUUUGUAUACUUAGUCUUUCAACACCAACAAGGUCGUAAAGAGUCGGAGCGAUUUACCGAAAAAUAAUUUUAUUCAGUUCCAGUCUCCGAGCGGAUACCUGAUUUUGGAGUAUCCAUUCUAGUCACGACCCUUUAAAGGCGUGUUUAAUUACUAGGCUUUUUUAUCGUCAUAGCGGACGUCAUCAUGAUUCAGUUCAAAAGCUAUGCAUGAAAUUAGUACUGACGAUCAGUCAUGCUUUGUUUUCAAAAUAUGACGUAUUUUCAUGUCAAAACUUCAGUGAGAAUUAUUGCGGUAAUAAUCCAAUUAAAAAAUUGUAAAGUGCUUCAUGGCGAUCUCAACUUUUGAUCAAGCGCAAGAGCCAUGCUCUUGUCAAGCGGUAACUGUUCAAUUCACCCGAAACUGGCACUCCGGAUUACGUAUUUCAUCCGUCAGAAGUUGAACUUAAUAUAAUAUUAGUAUGCAGCUGCCAAAUAACGCAGACGGUCUUGGAGUUUAGUCUGCUGUACUUGCAGUUUGCGCUUUAGUCUCUAGCCUGUUCCUAGCCUCCCACGCUAGACUGCAAAACAGUCCGUUUUUGCGUAUUCAAGUACGCGCGAGCAGUCAAACAAAAGGUCUGGAAUGAGGUUGAAAACAGAGAGCGAGACUGGGGAGAGACGGUUUUUUUCUCUCGCCUCACACGCCCUACGAGCGUGUGAGGCUCGCGCACUUCGCGCGCGUAAGACUCUUACGCGAAGCUUUACCGUUUUCUUUACUGAUUUUGAGAAAAAAAAACCGACUGUUUUGCAGUCUACUCCCACGCAGACGUUCUUAGGGGUUCGUCACGCGUGCCUGCCCCACGAACGUCUGCUGACUUGAGCGGAAAAAAACGUAGACCAAUCACAGCAGACUUCCAGAUCUGGGAAGUGCACUUUGGACCUUGAGAAAUUUCGCGCUUGACUUUAUGGCUCCAGAAAAGAUCAGAAAGGUCUCAUGAAACUGUGAAGACGUUACAGUUUUAAAACAAACUACUCAGUUAACUCACAAGCGUUCGUACUAAUGGCUACCCUCAGAAUCUCGUUGAAAAAAAUUACCUCGGAGGUUUAAAUUUGCUCAACGGAAGUCGGCCUUACUACAAACCAAUAACGUGUGAAAAAAAUUCUGCCUUUUGUUCAGUAACCCCGCCGUUGCAUCACCCAAAGAACGACUUUAUGAUCAAAUGACAUCAGAGAGAAAUAUACAUAAAGCCAACGCUUAUCUCCUAAAUUCUCGUCAAGAGCAAAAAUCUUUGGUCACGUAUCACACUCUACAGAGCGUGUACGUAUGUGUUUGGCUUGUCAACACUUUGACUUCAAUAACGCCGAUUGUAUCUCCGAUAAUCUGCAUGUGAUCUCCAGCCGAUGUUUGCGAACAGUGGGAAAGGAAUUUAUCUUUCAGUUCAGCAGACGUUCGAGGGGCAGGAACGCGUGACGAACCCCUAAGAAGGCUAGCCUGUUCCAGGCUCCGAGGCAACUUUUCGCGUGCCUUCUUCUUUCGCGUCUUGCCCACUAUCUGAGAGCCUGGAAAAGGAUACCUUUUCUCGUGCAUACUAGACGUCUUAAAAUCUUGUGCCGCUAAAUGCAAACGCCAUUAUCCAAAAAAGGUGAUUUAAGAAAUAGGAUUGCUUGAUCGCGUUGACUUCGUUUCCUGUAAUGAUUAUUCCAGAUUAAAGGGGCUUAUGUCACGCGGGUUUAAGCCGUCACCUUACCGCCCAUACAAAAUGCUCGUGCUUGAAACGUAAUCAGGAAGCACUAUUAAUAAUUUUUUGGUGAUUAAUUUGUAGGGCACAGCAUCCAAACUUGAAAAAGUUGGCCCAAGUUUUUGAAGUUUCAAUCCAUGUCUAUCAUUUCCUUCCGUAGAGCAACAGACGACAGGAAACAGCUUCAGUGCUUAUGUACGGUGUUAAACAAUACUGGAUCAUUAUCAUUUGGAAUGCAGUUGAAUUGCGAAGACUCUCUUUUGCUUGUCAAACAGAUCUCAUAACAAAUAGUGUGGAUAGAACCUUUACUUUCCAUGAAAAUAUAGUCGAUACAAAAUUUAGGGCUUGUUUUCAUGGAGGUGGGGGACCCCAGGUAAGUGAAUUAACACGCUUAGGCCGAGUAACCCGCCUGUCCAUAUAAUCUCUAAUUUUAAUUUAAUUACGUUUAGAUGAUAGGCGGGGUGAACAUAUCAGAGAUUAUGUGGACAGGCGGGUUACCCCAACCGGCUGCCCACCUAAGGAAGUUACCUCACCUGCCUGGGGUGCCCCACCUCCGUGUAAAUAGGCCCUUAUGCCCCUGUGGUAUUUUAGCUUUUGUGGUUUGAAUCUAUUUAUCUGAUUCAUCAGACUGAAAACACUCACCAGACUGAUCUUAGGAAGGGUACUAAGACAGCAUUCAAUUAACAAAGACUAUGAUAGACUAUCUGAUACCGUCUUCAAACUCUUAAACUCCCACCCGAGCAACGCAUGACUGCAAUCAUUAAGAGAAUAGAUGGCCGGCAAAAUAAAAUAGAUAAAAAGAGUGACUAUAACAAUAAUAAAAUCUUUAUUACAAAACCUCAAUUAAAAUUCUAUUUACAAUCAACCUACUGUUACUAUAACUGUCUUUUUAUUUUUUUUUUCACUUAAAUUCAUGUCUGUCAAAAAAUAUUCGUUCGUCCACGUCGUCAAUUACUUAUUGUUUAUAGUGAUUCCUCUAAUUGUUUGGCAGUAUUUGUGGCAUAAAGGCUUUUGAGGACCGAACAAACAGAUCAAAUGACUGAAAAAUAUCAAAGCACUGAAACAUAACAACAGGGUUAAGAAAAGCAAACUGUCCGCAUGCUCAGCAUAACCUUUUUGUGGUCGAGGUUUUGAAUGCUAGACUACGAGGCAUGAACAAUUAAUCCAGCUAGCAGUCAGUGGAAGACUUGAGCUCGGAGUGGUCUGUUACUAAAGAUUCUUACGCCAGCAAUUCACUUCUUUUUUUUUCUGAUUUAUUUUCAGUUUCUCAUACGAUUUCGUUGUUUUGUUCAAAAGUUUCUCUUUCUAAGAUCAUAAAUUCAUUCUUAGCAAAUGCCUUAGCGGAAGUUGUCAUUUUUUAUUUAUUAGGGGACUCCCCCAAAACCUGUUUAAUAUUUGGGAGAUCCUGAAUAUAAUCUUCCUUCGAUGUCUUUCGCUAUGGCUUGAUGCUCUAUGCUUUAUUCACUGCACGCUUCAGAACCUUUAAGAAACCAAUGAUCUUGCUUUCAAAAUACGGGAUGAAGUCCAAUUAGGCGUGAUCAAUGGGCAGUGUCUCGCUCGCCCUUGUGACACUCGCUUUCCAGUCAUAUGACGGAAAUAACGUAUUAGUUCCGAUCCAAAAACGGUAAUAAACGUAAAAAAAAUUCCCUUCAGUGUUAUAAAGUAUAUGAUAUAAAACAUUCGAAACCUGAGUUUGAAGACUAUUGUGCAAUUUGCGUGGGUGAAAGUGUUUUGAACGGAUAAACGAUGUGUGUCUUUGUAAACUUUCUUGAUCAACCUGAUGAACACCUGAUCUGUCCGAUCUGCAAACGUGUUUUCAGCGAGCCAUGGCAGACGUCUUGUGGACACAGAUUCUGUAAAAGCUGUCUCGAUCCACUUCUUCGGUGAGUCAAGUACAAAGACCAUGGUUACUGCUUGUAUAAACAUAAAUCUUGGAUUCUUUAAAACUAGAAAACUCUACUGCCAGUGAUUAUUAUAAUUAUUCAAUACUUGUUGUAUGAAUUGAAUUUGCAUUGAGUCGACACCGAGCAUAUUUUAUAUUUAUUUUUUUCAUCACUUCUUUUUACUUUAGAUUCGAUCAUGAAAAAGGCUCAUUUUACUAAAUAUAAUAAUAGUGAUAUAUUAACAAAAUGGUAAAAUAAUGUUGUACUCCAAACAGAAAUAUCUUCUCAGUUUAUUAUAAGAGUUACUCAGUGUUGGGCAUCGUUUUAGAAUUUUUAAGUUAAACUUAUAAUAUACGCCAUUAUAAAUAAAAAGCCGGCGAUAUAAUUUGUGGUUAGCUAAACAUAUAGAUGGACAUGCAAUAUAUUUUCUUAUCCGGUCUUAAAUUCCCCCCUAGUGUCCCAUGAUAUAUACAUGCACUAGCUGAUAACUUGAUCCCGAAGUUCUGAUCCUUGAGCCAGUUAAAUUACGGCUGAGGCUUACAAUAGAGAAGAAAAGGUAACAUAGUAACAAAUUAGCACAUGGAGGACCCAAAUACACAAAAAAUGGGCUCCUUGUAUUGACAUGUACUAAAUGUUUUAUUUCUGUUUUAAAGACCAACAUGUUUAAAAUGUCCUGUCGAUGGAGAGAAAAUUGCAAGAGAGGAAUCAUUUCGUGAUAAAUGCUGUGAAAGGGAGUUACUUGACCUGCGGUGUAGUUGUCGAUAUAAAGACAGAAAUUGUGAAUGGAAGGGAGAAUUCAGGAAUCUAAAGGUAAACAACCUAGGUGUAAUUCAUUCAGGUUCCUUUUUGCCAUACUGAUUUUGAAAGUAAAAUUUGCUUGUCAGCCCCAGUAGUCCUUUUGAAAGUGUGCUGUCACAACGCUAUCAGCUUGACGAAACGGAUCCAAAUAUACGGACCAAAGUGUGUAAUCACAAUUAGGGGAAAAAACCGCAGUCAUAUUGAUAUUGAUAUUUAUUAUUUUACUCUAUGUACAAAAUUAGAUCGGUUGGCUACACAAUUGACUAGAGAUGUUGAAAUUGAUUUUUUUCUUUUACAUUAAGGUCCAUGAAGAGUUUUGUCAAUAUGGCGAUGUAAAGUGUAAAGCGUGCGGGGAGGCAAUGGAGAGAAGGCAUCUUGAACAACACAGGACAAAGGAUUGUAUCAAUAGGACAGCAGUAUGUGCAUACUGCAGCGAAAUGAUCCGAAACGACAAAAUGAAGGUAUGAAAAUUAAUAGCAGGUUUCGCUAAUUAAAUGUUAGCUACUGCCUGCUUUAUUCUCCUUACCAAAGUCUUCUGGGGAAGACUCAAAGAAAUGCGAGUUGCGUAUGUCCGUAAUUCACAAAAUGGAAACCGAAUUAAUAUUUUUUUCCUACUGUUUUGCAUUCAAAUUUUCCUAAAUUAUAUUCUUACCUCCGUUAUCUAUAUCCACUGAAAAUGAAACUUAUUAUUUCUAAAAGGGGAAAUUUCUAAGGGGAAAACACCAUUGGAUGCUGAAAUGUUUUGGCAAUUAAAGAUUAAUUUUGUUUUUGAAUGCAAAUUUCAGUCACCUGGUGUUUGUUUGAAGUUGUUUCAGAUUCAGUUUCAAUUUUGUCCAAUGGAUAUCUCAUCAGUAUAUCGACUUUCUAUUUUAGGAUCAUCUACAGGUUUGCCUCCAACUUCCAACAGCUUGUCAUUUGCAUUGUGGAAAAGAGGCCAUACCACGAGACAUGAUGGAAGAACACCUGAACAAGGAAUGUCCAAAAGCGGAAGUGCUCUGCCCCUUCACACCUCAUGGAUGUUACUUCAAAGUAAGUUAAAUCUUGUAAAAACUGUAGCAGAACUAAUGAAAGAAGCACUGAGUCAUGCUGCCAUUCGAAACAAUUUACUAUGUAAAGGCCAAAGUACCGUUGCAUAUAUCAAAGAAUCGAACAUGGCAGCAUUUUGUCCUCAGUUAUUUAAUACCUGGUCUCAAUAUGGUUCAGCUAGGAAUCAAGCAACAGGCCAAAUUCCGUGUACGCUAGGACCCCAGCGAAGCUCAUUUUCCCGAAAGAAACAAAAUGAAUUUCAUGGUCUUGGUACAUCAAUUUAGCUGCAGUUUUACUUGCCCUCUAUAGAGCAAUUUCCGAUGUUCCGAUAAAUUAGCAUAGAUUCUAGCCACGUGCGUGAGGAAAGCUAUACGGCUUUAGUGAAAGCUAAAACGUGUUUUUGGAACAAUUGGAUUCCAAAAGACUAUAUCAUGGCGCUGAAAUUUUUCCCGCCGUCUGCUGCUACGGAUGGCGUGGAUCGAUGGAGAUGGAUUGAAACUUGAAAAUAUUUGGGCCAACUUUUUUGAGUUUUACUGCUUUCCUGCAAAAGUCAACAAAAACUUAUCAUGGUCAGUGCUCCCUUGAUGAAAACUGUUUGAUAUGCUCUUUAUAACUCUACAAGAGCAUUUUGUUUGAAGGCGCAAAUUAAUGACUUUAGCUAAAACAGGAAUAUCCACGUGACAUAGCUCCUGUACAGCCGGUCAUUUCUAGCCAAUCAAAAAUCACACUUAACAUUAAGAACCGUAGGAAGCGUCUUGAUAUGCUGCGAUUGCGAUAUGGUUUAAGAUAUAAUAAGUAAUGUUCUUUUAUUUCUUUUUCUUUAUUCUUUCUUUUCCUAGGGAAAAAGGGAGAUCAUCGAAGAGCAUCUCAAAAGCACUGUAACGCUUCAUUUGGAAAUGAUGAACCAAUCAUAUGUCAGGAGUCAUCAAAAGUCUGUGGAGUUAGCAGAGAGAGUAGUCCACUUAGAAGAGGAGAAAAAUGCCCUAGAAAAGCAACUUCAAAAUCAAACUGAACAACUUGUAGCUUCAAGAAUCAACAUUCAAACACAUCAAACGAAAAUAUCAAAAAUAGAAGAAUCAGUACAAGAUCAUCGAAGGACGUUGGAAAACGUGCAUCGAGAUUUGGAAGCCGUCAGCGGUGCUGUGCCAUCGCAAAUGGAGGAGAUUCUCAACACCAUAAGAGAACACGAGUUGAAGUUAAAUGGCUUACAGUCUGACGUGGUUAGUCUCAAAGACACCAGGCUGAUCUUUGGAGAAAAUGGAGAAAAGCCUCAAAUUUCUUCCUCCUUGCAUCACUACAAGGGGCGUUUGGACAGGGCUGAGCACCAACUAGCGUUACACGAAAUUCAGCUAUCUGAACAGGAUCUUCAGGUUAGAAUGCUGGAGGCUACUUCUUACGAUGGAGAUUACCUUUGGAAAAUCGACCAUUUUAGCCGAAGAUUUCAAGAAGCGGCUUCUGGUAAAACGCCAUCUAUUUAUAGCCCUCCUUUCUACGUUGGACGAUUUGGGUACAAAGUGAGCGCUCGUCUCUACCCUAAUGGUGAUGGAAUGGGCAAAGGAACGCACCUGUCAAUAUUCUUUGUUAUCAUGAGAGGUGAAUACGACGCUUUGUUACCCUGGCCUUUCAAUCAAAAAGUCUACUUUAAACUUAUUGAUCAGGACAGAGUCCAAGACGCUUGUGAUUCGUUUCGUCCUGAUGCUAACAGUUCCAGUUUUAAAAGGCCAAAGUCAGACAUGAACAUAGCAUCCGGUUGUCCAACUUUCAUUUCCCAUUCUAGACUCCGAGAAGGUGGAUACAUCAAGGACGAUGCCAUGUACGUUAGAGUGGCAGUUGACAUGACGAAUCACAAUGUUAAGGGCAAUUUGACGGCUUCCAAAUGAGGCACGUUCUAGUUAUCUGUCAUUUUGAACUUACUAGUAAUGUGUUUGGAACUGACACCGAUUUAUGUGAACUGGACAAAUCUUUUUAGUAUAGUAAAGGGAAAUGAUUAUGUGAAAUGGCUUUAGGGUGAAACUUAAAAUAAAAAAUACAAUGAACAUGAAUAAUUAUUACUUUAUGCAGUGACUGCAUAAAAGUGAAAAAUCUCAGAAGAAAAAAGUAUCCCUCUCAUUGUUUGUCAGGAAAACUAGGAACAAUGUUAACAAGUGUCUAGUUAUUCAUAAUUGACGCUAUUUUGUCUCUGUAAAGCAGAAUGUCUAAUACGUCUAACUAUUUAUUCCUUGCAAAGUUAUAAAAUACUAAGUUUCCGAUAAAACGAGGCUUCAAAAGUGAUAUGGUUCAUUUAUUACACAUAACUGUCAUUAUUACACAUAACUGUCAUAUUUAACAUUUUUAGAGUAUUUAACACAAUGAGAU